AUGCUGACUGGAGAAGUUAUACCUGUAAUGGAGCUACUGUCAUCUAUGAAGUCACACGGUGUUCCUGAAGACAUAGAUAUUGCUACUACUGUCCUUAAUGAUGAUGACAUAGGUGACAGCUGCCAUGAAGGAUUUUCUCACAGUGCCAUCAGCUCACAUUUGCAAACAUGUGGCUGCUCUGUGGUGGUGGGUAGCAGCGCAGAAAAAGUGAAUAAGAUGGUGCGGACGCUGUGCCUUUUUCUUUCUCCUGCAGAGCGUAAAUGCUCCAGGUUGUGCAGGUCUGAAUCAUCCUUCAAGUAUGAAUCUGGCUUCUUUGUGCAAGGCCUGCUGAAGGACGCAACUGGAAGCUUUGUGCUUCCAUUCCGGCAGGUGAUGUAUGCUCCUUACCCUGCAACUCACAUUGACGUAGAUGUAAACACAGUCAAACAGAUGCCUCCGUGUCACGAACAUGCCUACAACCAGAGACGCUACAUGAGGGCAGAGUUGGCAGCUCUGUGGAAGGCCACGUCAGAUGAAGAAAUGGUGGCAGAUUCAAUCAUUCACACAGAUGAAAGUUUCACUCCUAACUUGAAUAUUUUCCAAGACAUCCUACACAGAGACACAUUUGUCAGAAACUUCUUAGAGCAGGUAUUCCAUUUGAAACCAAACCUAUCUCUAAGAAGCACAUUUCUGGCACAGUUUUUGCUAAUACUUCAUAGAAAAGCUCUUACUCUAAUAAAAUACAUUGAAGAUGACACACAAAAGGGGAAGAAAGUGUUCAAAUCUCUGCGCAGUUUGAAAACUGAUCUGGAUCUGACAGCAGAGGGCGAUCUCAACAUAAUUAUGGCUUUAGCUGAAAAGAUCAAACCAGGACUUCACUCGUUUAUUUUUGGGAAACCUUUUCACACAAGUAUGCAGGAGCGUGAUGUACUAAUGACAUUUUAA